AUGAGUGACACGGAAGCCAACGAUGGCCUGGACCUCCAUCAAACCCGCUCCGGCUGGUCCAUCGCCCAGAGCCUCUCCCCCCUCCGCGAGACGCUCUUCAUCUUCGUGAUCUGCAUGGCGCAGUUCAUGACACAGGCCGGGCUGGGAAGCCAGUUGGCCCCGCUGACCAUCAUCGGCGACUCCUUCGGGAUCGACGACAACGGCAUCCUGGCCUGGUUCAUCGCCGGCUACUCGCUGACCGUGGGCACCUUCAUCCUCUUCUUCGGCCGCUGCGGCGACUGCUUCGGCUACCACAUCAUGGUCGUGAUCGGUUUCCUGUGGCUCGGCCUCUGGUCGCUGGUCGCCGGCGUCGCCGUGUACAGCAACUACGUGCUCUUCAUCUUCGCGCGCACCGUGCAGGGGCUCGGCCCGGCCAUGCUGCUGCCGAACGGGCUGGCCAUCCUGGGGGCGACGUACCCCCCCAGCCCGAAGAAGGACAUGAUCUUCGCCAUGUUCGGCGCGACGGCGCCCAACGGCGCCAUCAUCGGCGGCGUCUUCGCCGCCCUCUUCAGCCAGCUCGCCUGGUGGCCCUGGACCUUCUGGGCCAACGCCAUCGUCUCCGUCCUCCUCGCCGCCCUCGCCUGGGCCGUCCUCCCGCGCAUCCACCACCCGCGCGAUCACCACGCGCUCACCGUCCUCGGCUGGAUGCAGGAGCUGGACGUGCUGGGCGCGUGCCUGGGCGUCGGCGGCCUCGUCCUCAUCAACGUCGCGUGGAACCAGGCCCCCAUCGCCGGCUGGCAGAACCCCUCCGUGUACGUGCUGCUGCUCGUGGGCGCCGCGCUGCUCGCGCUCUUCUUCGCCUGGGAGCUGCGCGUCGCCACCAAGCCGCUCAUCCCCUUCCACGCGCUCACGCUCGACGUCUCCUUCGUCCUCGCCUGCAUCGCCUGCGGCUGGGCCAGCUUCGGCAUCUGGAACUACUACCUGUGGCUGUUCCUCGAGCGCGUGCGCGGCCUGUCGCCGCUGCUCGCGGCCGCGCAGUUCGUCCCGCCGGGGAUCUCGGGCGUGCUGGCCUCUAUUACUACCGGGUAUCUGAUGAGCCGCAUCCGGCCGGGCUGGAUCAUGUUCUUCUCCAUGGUCGCGUUCACGCUGGGCGUGCUCUUCGUCGCCAUCGCCCCGGUGCACCAGACCUACUGGGCGCUGGUCUUUGUCUCCCUGGUCGUCAUGCCCUGGGGCAUGGACAUGUCGUUCCCCGCCAGCACGGUGCUGCUGUCCAACGCGGUCGAGCGCCACCACCAGGGGAUCGCGGCGUCGCUGGUCACCACGGUCGUGAACUACAGUAUCUCGCUGGGGCUGGGGUUUGCCGGGACGGUGGAGGUGCAUGUCAACCGCGGGGGGAAGACGCUCGAUGAUAUGCUGCUGGGCUAUCGGGGGGCGCUGUACAUGGGGAUCGGGCUGGGAGGGCUAGGGAUAGCGAUCAGCAUGGUGUAUCUGGUGAAGGGCUUUGUGAAGAAAGGGUCCCCGGACAAGGAGAGCGAUUGA